GUGGUCUGUAACUGCUGACAGCUUUGGACCAGAAACCAACAAACCCAGUAUGAUGAUGGGUCCUAGAUGAACCAGUUCCGAUCCUGCAUAAUGAUGGAUCCAGUCUAAUCUUACCCUCGUAGACCGUCAGUCUGGCCUGACCUUGGUAGACCAAUUGGAGUAAUGGAGAAGUUUGGGAUGAGUUUCGGGGGCGGUCCCAGCAGGAAGGAUUUGCUGGACACCAUUGAGUCCCAGAAGAAGCAGCUAGUCCAAUACCAGACCCGCUUCAAAGAUGUGGUCCAGGCCUAUAAGAGUCUCCUGAAGGAGAAGGAGGCUCUGGAGGCCAGCCUGAAGGUCCUAUCGGUGACCCAGGAGGUGGACCUGAAUCAGCAGGUCCAGGACACCACUGCCUCAGACCUCCAGGACGGCUGCUCAGUGUAUAGCGAGGACAGCGUGGACACGGCAGCAUCUGUGGAGACGCCCAGUGACACCGCCAGAGGGGACCAGAGUGAAGAGGACCAGGGAGAACCGGGAGGAAAAUCCAGCUCAAUG